AUGCAAUGGCGAUACGUUAUAGUUGGUGAUUAUGUGCAUUUAUCACUGGACGACGUGAUACCGGCUGAUAUAUUGCUGAUAAGAUCAUCGGAUUCGAAUGGUAUUUGCUUCGUGGAGACGUCGAAUUUGGAUGGUGAGACCAGUCUAAAGCAACGUCGAGUUCCAAACUCGAUCGCAUCGUUCUCAGGGGAAGAUAGUCAAUUCCAACCACCUCAACUACAGGCGAGGAUAAAAUGUGAAAAACCGAAUAAUUUAAUACACCAAAUGAAUGGACAUAUUACCUAUGAGGACGGACAUAUGGAUGGAAAAGACACGAAAGCGAUGAUGAACAAUUCGGGAAUACGUUAUAAACGAAGCUCACUGGAGCUGGUGACAAAUCGCUUCAUAUUGUAUUGUAUUGGGAUAUUGGUAGUAAUGUGUUUAUUCGCUGGAAUUGGCACUAUGCUAUGGUUAUUUUCAUUUGCACCGAAUACAGAUUCGAUUAUUUUCAUUAUUCUGAAUACCAAGUCACCUGUUACCGAUGGAAUGGUCAAUAUGAUUUCAUCGAUUCUGAAUUAUCAGAUCCUGAUCCCAUUAUCGCUAUAUAUCUCAGUUGAGUUGGUCAAGUUGGGCCAAAUCUAUUUCAUAUCAACUGAUGUGAAUUUAUAUUACGAGAAGAACGACAGACGUAUGGAAUGUAGAUCAUUGAAUAUUCCCGAGGAGUUGGGACAGAUACAGUAUGUCCUUUCUGAUAAGACUGGUACUCUAACAGAAAAUCAAAUGAUAUUUCGUCGAUGUGCGAUCGGUGGUGUGGACUAUGGGUUGGAAGGCAAUCUUAAUGUGCUCGAUGUUAAAAACGUCUUAGUUGAUCCACGCUUGAAAAAAUUGGUCGAGUUGCAAUGGCAUAGUGAUUCGGAGCUUCUGGACUUUUUCAUAACAAUGGCGAUCUGCAAUACGGUGGUUGUGAAUAAACAGCCACGUGUUGACGCGAUUGAACUCGGUUUCGUUGAGAAUGGAGAAUUUUUCACUGGAAAUUCGACGUUUUUCUAUUCACUCCAGGACCCUAAAUAUCCCACCUACUCUGCGAUGCACGGUUGUUCGAAUGCGCAAAUUGACAAGGUGACACGAGACGAACUGGAAGUUGAUCAAGCUUUCGAAUGGCCAUCAAUAUCUCACUAUGCCGACAGUACCACGUCAGUGUCAUCGACCCGUGCCACUACAUUCUCUCGUUCGUCAUCUUCAUUGAGUCGCCGAAUCCAGUCAUUUCGUAACGAUUUGGUACUUAUCAGAAACAGGUUGCAUAUCUUUCGAAUUUUCAUUAUACGCGAUAUCUGUACACACGGCAAUUGA